AGAAAAGUUCGUUGAAUCGCCAUCGCAUAUUCUUUGAAAUGAAUCAAGAAUGAUAGCGCGCCUAUUCUGUGUUGGGGACUGUUAACAGACAAACCAACUAACUCCCGAUCAGCUGUUCGUUCUGUUUGUUUGCGAUCGGAUUUGACAAAGACAUCAAGAAAGAUUCAAAUCGAGUGGUUCAGAAGAUUUAGUAAAGGGGCCACCAAGCCCUGUCCAAGGUUGCCGAUACAUUCUGAUACGGAAGUAUGAAGAGGUCUCUUCCACUGCCACCUUGCGUUCCGAGAACCCGGCUUCGACGAGUUGCUACGAAACAAAUGAUAGCUAUUCUUCUCAUUGUGGUGCACAUACAAUCGGCCCUCGGUAGCAAACGGCAUUCGCGGUUGUUCUCCAACCAUUUUCACCAAGGAACGCACAACGAGGAAUUACUUGAUGGCAUUGGUCACUGUCGGAGAAAUAUCAGCAGCGGGAUCCUCAUCGGGAUCCCUAGAACACUCGACCAAAAAAGCUAUGCGCUGCGGGGUGGUGGGUCAGCCAUCAAGUCUACCAGCCGAGACCCAUACCGUAACGAAUCUCGCCCAAGUAGUGACAGCGACAACAACAGCAGAUAUUUCCCCCAAACUAUCACCGUGAGAGUCACGACGUUACAUGUUCCUUCGAUUCUUUCCGAGUUUGGAUCGGUGUGCAAGAAUACGUUGCUUCCAGUCGCCAAGGAAGUUGCGUUUGUGUGCAGGGAUCGCCUUCUGCCAUUCGCCAUGGAAGCCAGGGACCAAGCCCUGGAUCGCAUCAGGCACUGCAACUACACCACGCAACGAAAAACCGAAGUACAAACUGCGCUGCCACCCGCACCAGAACCUUUGGAACGCAACAAGGAAUGGCGGAAAUCAGCGGAACAAACCAGUGGUACAGAAAAAAGAACGAGAACGAGAACUGCAGGUUGGCGCCGACGGAACGCAGACGAAAAACUCAAGCCCAGGAAAAAUGGCAUACGGGUCAGAAAUCAAUCCUCAUCGAUGGACGACCAACAAUCCUACGCGGCCCGCUCCCAACUGGAAUCCGCAGGGGCCUUUCGCUCGUCGUCCUUUCGCCCCGCGUCGUCAAUUACCACAGCGUUGCUGCCAUCGCGCGUCCUGAAGCUGAGCCUUAUAGCAAUUGCGCUAACGGAGGCCCUGGACCGUAUGGGGAUCCUCUGCGUGUGCCUUGAGCUUCCCUCCGUGAUUGGCGCGGAGAUUCGGGCGGUCUGGCGUCGCAGCAUCCUUCCAUUAGCCGCAUUGAUUCGGAGGAAACUGAGUUCCAUUUCCCUAGACUGGUGGAAGCCCAGGUGGAAAACAAUCUACCACGGAUGGCUCGAGCCAAGCACUCAAUCGCUCUUCGAGGCAGUUCAAACAACCAACGCCAAGCGUUUCGUAGGUUCUCUGGUGGAAACGCUGUCGACCACUAAAGCUGUUUUUGCUUUUGGUACCGCAGCGGGGAUGAUCGCGAUACCUCUGGUGUGGACAAUCACCCUCCGUUUCUGGAAGGCUGUAUUGGUGGUGGUGGUCCUUUCCGAGGCGAAUCGCUCAUUCAAGUACCGCCGAGGUAGGUCCCUGGUCUGGGUACUCGGUGAUACACCUUACACCCUUGGUAUGGCUCUGGAUGGGGCCCUGGAGGAGUGUGCUUGGUUGAUGCGAUUCUGUGCGGCGUAUGCGAGUACUCUGCCGGAGCGGUGGGCGGUCGGAAGAGUGGAGGCUGUAGACACACCCGUUGGCGAUGGGCUGCCUCGUAUGCAAAUAAUACGGCCGCUUCGUCCGCCGUGCGUGGACUAUCGCGAUGACUGCGACCUCGACAGCGACGAUGUACCGUAUUCCCUUGGAAUUGCCUCCUCGUCCGUGGCAAAACAGCAACCGCGAGGGCCACUGAGCUCCAUCCAGAGAUUCCGAGCUCGAAUGGCAUUCCACGUGUGGAAGUUUCGGUGCUGGUUAGCCAAUCGCCUGGAGGACCAUUAUGCCAGCUACUACAGCGAAGAAUACGACUAUUCCUCCAACAGCAGACGGAUUGUUCCAACUGGAAACAAUCAUGACUACUAUUACAAAUAAUGAUGGCAAAUGAACAGCAUUGACAACAAUACCAGCAAAAGCGAAGAGGUUAUCAUGACAAAGAUUUCCUGAAGAAGUGAAUCAUUAAUGGACUGUGAUGAUUAAAUUGAUGCAUGUUCU